GAAUCGCAGCGCCAAGACCUGGUUUUGACUCGGCGCCUUAUCUCCUUCGAGACAGAAUCUCUAAAACUUCGUUCAUACAACCACCAGUACUAUCAAGAUUGCAAUCGUUCCCGGAUUCUAUCACUAGCCAUCGCGGAACUUGAAUAUUUGCUGGCGUGGGAUCCGCCCGCUCUCGCAACCAUGGCGUGCCCGUCUCUCCCCUCGCUCCGACUGCUGCUGGCCUUCCGUCCGACUCUCGCCGCCCGAUCCGUCACGCGAGCGCAGCAGCACACCCGCCACCUCUCCCAGAUGAUUAUCGCCUCAUGCGUGCCACGGCCCACGGCGACGAGCCCGGCAACGGCCAUAUAUGCGCCAGGAUUAUGGCAGCGUCUCGCGCGACAGCAGCAACAGACGAGAGGCAUGAAAGUUCACAGUUCGGUCAAGAAACGAUGCGAGCACUGCAAGGUCGUAAGGAGAAAGGCCGGUAAGCGGCAUCGCGGUUACCUGUAUAUCGUCUGCAGCGCGAAUCCGAGGCACAAACAGCGCCAGGGUUAAUCCGGGGUAGAGAUCGGUGAAGCAAAAGAAAGGGAUGGCACGCCAACCAAGGAAUUGCCGUUAGCUUCCGAGACCCGUCUCAACCUGGAGGAGUACCACCUCGAGCUAUUUCACGUCAUAUUCCACCAAUAUACCUCUCCAUGUUCUCCCACUCUGUCCUGCCGGUUGAUAAGAGAAAGCGUAUAUGGGCUGCAUCGCUGACGCCGCGAUGCCGCUCCAGUUCAGACCGUGCAUAGUUGCGCGCCUCGACGCGGGUCGCCCGGUCGCUAAUCCGCCUCGUGCCCCGUAAGACUCUUCGGUAGAGAGAGAGAACGCUCGAGCGCAAAAUGAACUGGCGGUUGCGAUCAGCUUGGAAGACCGUCGGCGUAGCUACGGUAGGUGAUGUUGUGUCCUAGGAACGGAGGCGGGCUAGACAUACGUGAUCUAAGCUCAGCGUUGCACCGAGACUGCUCUUGGGUAGAUUUGUUCCAUAGGCUCGGAUCGCGAUAGCAGACGAUGCCUUCAUCCUGCUUCGAACAGAGAGCGAGUUAGGGUUGCCGAGGCGCAGAAACCGGGUUUCGGGAGAGUGACUUAUAUACCCACCUUUACAUUGUUCAUAUUUUAUAAUAAAACUACGAAAUAAACAAGGUUGUCAAGUAA